UAAGGCGCACCAUUACGCACGCAGGCUAAUGUCCCACAUGACGCCUGGAAGUCCACCAUGCUGCGCGUGGCGCGUCCAUGAACCCAGAAUCGUCAAUUCUGGCCCGCCACAUAACAACAAAACCAAACGCUCCCGGGAAGGGUCCCGGUGGAGAGGAGGACCUGCUGUCUCCUGACCUGUCCCAGUCCCAGCAGCCCAAUGUCCAGCACAGCUUUGUCCAGGAACUUUUCCAGGCACAGUACAAAUCUUCCCUGACGUGUCCACACUGCAUGAAACAGAGCAACACCUUCGACCCGUUCCUGUGCAUCUCGCUCCCCAUUCCUCUUCGCCAGACCAGGUUGCUGUGUGUGAUUCUGGUGUUCAGCACCAAAGGACAGCGGUACCUGCGGGUCGGGCUCGCUGUGCCUCUGUUCGGCUCCGUGGCCGGUCUGAGGAGGAUGGUGGCUGACGAGGGGAAAAUUUCCCCAGACCAGGUGAUCCUGACGGAGGUGUACUCCACAGGGUUCCAGCGCUCCUUCUUUGAUGAGGAGGAUCUGACCAGCAUAGCUGAGAAUGACGUCAUCUACGCCUUCCAGGCUCCGCCCCUUUACAUCAGAGGAGGCUCAGCGCGGAUAUCAGGGUACCAUCACAGCCUCCCAUCCUCUCCGUACUCCACCGGUCCCGAGGGUCAGAGGUUACCUUCGUCUGGGACCAUGUCAUCAGAGUUCCUCAACCAGGGCGUCCCUGCAAAGAUUCUGCUGUUGGUGUGCAACGCUGCAGGGACAGGCCAACAGGCUGUGAGGUUUGGACCUCCAUUCCUAAUGAGGGAGGACCGGUCUAUUUCCUGGGACCAGCUGCAGCAGAGCAUCCUCAGCAAGCUGUAUUACCUGAUGAUCAAUGGAGCCCAGGCACAGAAUACCAGAGUGCUGUUCAACAUCCGUGUGGUGGGAGGAUCGGCGUUCUACAGCUACCUGUCUCCUCAGGACGGGCGGCCGCUCUACCACCCCGCCGUCGACAGAGCUCUGAAGCUCUGCUGCUCAGGAGGACCUCCGCAUGUGAAGCUCAUCAUCGAGUGGGAGCACAGAAUCAAAGACUGCCUGUUCGGUAACAUCCAGGAGGAGGUGGUGAAGGAUGCAGACAGCGUGAGGAAUCAGCAGCAGCAGCACGUCCAGCAGUACAGCUGCACGUUGGACGAGUGCUUUCAGCUCUACACCAAAGAGGAACAGCUUGCCCCAGACGAUGCCUGGAAGUGCCCCCACUGUAAGCAGCUGCAGCAGGGCAUGGUGAAGAUGAGCCUGUGGACGCUGCCGGACAUCCUCAUCCUGCACCUGAAGCGCUUCAGGCAGGUGGGCGAGCGGAGGAACAAGCUCACCACGUUGGUGCACUUCCCCCUGGCGGGCCUGGACAUGACGCCUCACAUGGUGAGCCGCAGCCACGGCUCCCAUCAGCCCACUCUGCAGCCUGGCUGGAAACAGCCACGGCGACCUGACCUGACUCCUCCCGACUUCCUGUACGAUCUGUAUGCUGUGUGCAACCACCACGGAGGAAUGCACGGCGGACAUUACACAGCCUUUUUCCGGAACCGGGGACGGCCGGGGUACUUUGAGACAGCAGUGCUACCGGGUGCCGAGGCGAAUGGCACACGGGGAGCCAAACCUUUCUAUCAGCGAAGAAACACCAUCCCCCUUUGGUCUGCCAGUUCCUCCGUCAACGGUUCCACCAGCUCAUCCACCUCUGACCAUUGGCUGGUCCGGCUGGGGGCGGGUAGUAAGAGGGGCAGCGUGGUGUCAGGAGGAGCCAUCCCUGGACCUCCGGGACCCCCACAGGCCCCAGAGUCUCCUGAGCUGCCAGUGUUUGGAGAUGAACCCCCCAAAACAGCUGACACAAAUGGGUUUGAAGCCAAGCCGUUUGUCCGUGGGAGCCAGGGCCGGAGUUUAAGCAUGAGAUCACCAACUAAGCCCAAGGAGAGUCUGAGCAAAGUUCUGCCACUGCGCUGGUCUUUUGGCUCCAAGGACCGCAUUAGACACCCAGCCCAGACCCAGUCCGGAGAGCUGGUGGAAUACCUGGAGUCCGGGCGCCGUCCCCGAUGUACCAAAGAGCCUAUCGUAACACUGGUGGCCACCCCGCCACAAAUAAAUGCCCAGGCAAGAGCCUUCGAAGUGGGACAGGACUGCAGCUCGCCCAGCGGAAGCAGUCUUAGUUAUACAGACAGACCCAGCUCGGACUCUUGUUACUCCCCCAAAUUACCCGAGGGACAGAGCAGAGCGUGUGCGGAAAGGAACACGAGCCAGGGAGUUGGUAAUAGCAGCAAUUUGAAAGCCAGGGAGGACGGUUCUCUGAGGCAACGGUCGUCUAAGAGGGCGAGGCAGGACCACGGCCGGACCCUGGACCUCCAGCUUCAUCUUCACAGAGGGGCCGUUCUAGUGGGUCAUAUCAGCCACAGUGCACCUCCAAGCAGAGAUUCCACACUGAGGAGGACCAAGGUCCAGACUGGAGCGACGGCCAGGGCGCAAAAAGACUUGUUGCAGAUGUCCAGUGUUCAACCGGAGGACAGGAGGGGCCAGAGGGGUCAGGAGGGUCGCAGCCACGACAGCCUCUUGUCUUUUUUCAAACCUGGUUUCAUGAAGAAAGACAUUCCCGGGUCACCAAUCAAGGGGCAAGACCAGCGUUUGAACAGCCACGGACAACUGGGAAAGUUGGCAAGCAAUAACGUGUCCAAACUGUCCCUCUCCAAUGGAACGCUGACCACAGCGGCACCAGACGAGAGGAGGGCCGUUGCCAACGUCCUCCCGAGCCGCGACGCCCAUAGCAACUGCAAAGUGCCGCUCAUGAACGGAAAAGCCGGGAUUCACCACCCUGUAGACAUUAAGCGCGCUCACAGCUCCAGUAACAUCCAGACGAGGCUGGAUUUGACAUUUCGCAGGUGUGCGUCGCUGCAGAGGAACGGCGAAGUUGCGGCCCCCCCGGCCCAGCGCGUCCUGCUGUCAGACAAGCCCGGCUACGCCACUCUGCAGCGGACCCGAUACAGCACCACCUCCCUGGUGCCUCUGUGACGCCCAGAAUGACCCCUAGGACCCCUCUGCUGAUUCCUACGCUCGGCACCCAUAGGUGCUCCCAGCAGGAGGCGUCACUGGAAACAACAGUUCAUCUUCUUCUCUUCCCCCCCCCCCCCCCCCCCCCCCCCCCCCCAUAGUACUGUUUCUAAGUUCUUACCUGUGUGUGUCUUAAAACUACAUCUAUGCAGAGUUGAAUUAACUGAGGAGAAUACUGCUGUAAUGGGAUUUUGUGUGAUUUUCUUUUUCCUUCUUUUAAUUUUACAAAAGCAGUCAACUGUUAAGUUUUUCUUUUUGAGUUUAUGAUGAAUAUUUUGAUAAGCAAAGGGUGAUUUGCAUGUUUGUUGGUUUUUUUAGUCCAUAACACUCAUCAUCUGUCACAUGGUCACGUCACAUGUAAAACUGUUACACACUGCAAACACAACUAACACAUGCACUGUAUAUUGGCUGCUUUAAGAAAAAGCAUCAUUUGCUUUGAUCAUUUUCAUGUUAAAUUACUGACGCACUUUCUGUCUUUAUUUUUAUUUUUUUAAAUCCAUAUUUUGGUACAUAACCAGAGCUAAGUGACAUUGCUAAUGAAGGAACAAUUACACUGCACCUAGACUAUAUCCACAACGUUCCACUUAUGGGAUUACUCUGUUGCCGCCGGAAAUUCGGCCAGACGUCCGUCCCCCUCCACUUCUUGUGUCGGCGUUCUAACCUCCGGCUGAUUUCUGAGGACUAUGGUUACCUGGUCCUCAGAUCUCUGCAGGGUAAAUCCAGACAGCUAGCUAGGACUAUCUGUCCAAUCUGAGUUUUCUGUUUCACGACUAAAACAACUUUUGAACGUACACAUGUUCCACCAAAACAAGUUCCUUCCCCAGACUAUUUUCCAGCGGCACCAUGGCUCCGUCCGGCCCUUAGCCCCGCCCAAGACGAUUGUGAUUGGUUUAACGUAAUGUCAAUAAACUGGAGCACGUUUUUUCUCCCAUCCCUGAAUGCUGCGUGGACUAACCAGACCCUCCUCCGCAGUGCUGUGGUUGAGGCUCUGGGUACCACCAAUGAUUCCCCCAAAUCGAUUUGAUUCCUAUUCCCAUAAGGUCCCCAUCUGAUUACGUCUGCGAUUCAAUAUAUAUUAGGUUAUGGAAAUUUCAGUUAAAAUACUGGUUUAGCUUAAAUAUAUAAGAGAUUCUCAGAGAACUUCUGCUGUGAGUCGUUCAAGCAAGAAGCAGCACUCAAAUAUUUUUUAUAAUGCAGCAGAUUGUUUACUAGGGUCUACCGAUACUGGAUGUUCAGGGCGGAUAACGAUGCCGAUUAUUAACAGUUAACCCACUGAGGUUUAACGGCCUUUUAAAGUUUUGUGAAAUUCUCCUUUUAAGGGUAUUUGCAUAUGACCUGAUCCCCGUGUGUUUCAUUUUAAAAUGUUCAGAACAACCUGAGCUUUCUGUAGUGAGGCCCAAGUUUGUUCCAGAGUAAUGUGUAAAGAGAUAAUUUGGUCCUAAAGUGGAAAUAUUUCUCAAAUCUCUUGUGAAUUGUGGAAAUGACUUUACAAAAGUAUUAGGUUCAGUAGCGUAAACAUCAAUCAAAAAGUAAAUAAAUGUCUAAAAUGACAUUUUGCAAUAAUGUCUUUUGAGUAAGAGAGUGGUCUUCUGUCCUCACAGGGUUAAUGAAACCGAUAUCUUUAAAUAUAUAUAAUAUAUUUAGUGAAUUCAUAUGCAUUUACAUGGAACUCUUUGGGGUGGCCUGCCUCUCACCUGGAAGAGCGUGCGCCCCAUGUAGGCUCAGUCCUUGCCAACGGCCCGGGUUCGAGUCCGACCCAAGGUCGUUUGCUGCAUGUCACCCCCCCCCCCCCCCCCCCCCCCCCUCCCUCCCUCAUCUGUUCUAAAUAAAAGACAAACCCUAAAACAUAGCUUAACAAGACUUUUUUUUUUAAAUCAAAAUUAAGAUUCGGUAGGUUGAUAACACAUGUAGCAAAGCCACAGUGUAAAAACACUGAUACAAGUAUAUCUUGCAUACAAAAAUUGUAAAUAAAUGUCAUUGUAAUAAACAAAAAAAUACUAAAUUUAACAAUAGUAAACGUCCAUUUCAGUAUAAUCUGUAACUACUGGCGGGCGUGAGACCGGAGCAGAGGGAGACACACAGAGCUGUAGCAGAGCCGAGGUAGCGCUCUGUUUAAAUAACUUUACUGGCUAUAUGUCAAAUAAAACACGGAAACAGGUAUUCUGCAAAUAGCCAAUUAUCGGCCCCGGUUACCGAUUGAUCGCUAAUGUUGCCAUAAACACUCAAAAAGUACUUUUUACUUAACAGGACUAACAGGACAUGUCAUUGAAAAGGCAUAUAUAUAGAUAUAUAGAUAGAUAUAGAUAUAUAUUAAAAGGUUGUUACCAGAUCACUCAAACGAAGAUCCAUUUUAUUGGGGAAUUGAUUAUUUUAACCCAGCCCUACAAACUUUAAAAUUAAAGGCUAUCUACGGUUUUUUCCUACCUGGACCAGAUUUUCCUAUGUUUGUGUGUCUGCGUGACUGUUGGGAACAACAAGCUCUGACGUUGGUCCAGUAUGAAGCGAGAUCGCUGGAGUGGGCAGCGUAAAAACAAGCUACAAUGUAAAUUAAUAGGGCAACUACCUUGUAUUACAAAGUUUUACAAAGCAGCUGACAGGCUCAGAUUAAUAUUCUAAGUGUCUGACAACAUUAUGGAAAUGAUUUUCCAUAAUGGAAAGGAAAGGUCGACCUUUCCGUUAAAGAGUAAGAUCUUUUUUUUAAACAUAAAAAAACAUCUGCGAAAUUGCAUUGGCUCAACCUACCAGACUCCAUGUAAAUAAACAGUCAUUUUAGCAUCGUAAAACACACUUCCUUCAAAAACACUACCACUCUAGUUUUGGUUGAAACAAACCGAUUUACAUGUGAAAAUAUGUUGACUUUAUACACGCUAAAAGUAUUGACAUUAUAAAUGGAGUCUGGUGGGUUUAAUGCUAGCGACUUCAAAGCUGUUUCUGGUUAAACAAAGGUUUCAAAGAACUUUUAAAAAGGCUCUGUAGGGAUCAUUUUGUUGUCAGACACUUGAUAAUUAUAUUAUAAUUAUUAAUAAUCUGAGCCAUUCAGUGGCAAAACAAGCACUAUUGUGAAGGUAAAUACAAGCUGGAAAAUUGCCCAAUUACAGUAACUUACAUUGUCGCUUGUUUCUCGCUUAAUACUGGACCAAUGUCUAAUAUGGUUCCCAUCAGUCACUUAGACACAAAGACAUAGGAAAGGGGAGGUCGAAGAAAAAGUUACCAACCCUUUAAUGUGUGAAAACCCUUUGAAAGGAGUCCUUCCUGUGGUUUUUCUUUGGGACCUGUUCCGUGGAUGGAUGAAGGGUUUUGGCGAUGUCAUAAAACAGCAGGUGUGGGAUUGUUCACACUUAAAAGGAAAACGCACUUAUUAACCAGCUCUGAAGUGAAAGAGGAUUUUUUUUUGGUGAGCUUCCACCUCUGCUGAGCGAUAAUGUGAAUUCCUGUGUCUGUCACUGAAGUCCAAUUUGAAUUCUUUCUAUCAAAAAAUAAAAAUAAAAAAAUCUAACGUUGAUGGGACCGUGUUCAAAUGCAAAGCUCAGUUUUUCUCUUUUAGGAUGAAAGAGAGGAUUCACACUUUGUGCACACGCAAUUCUUCUUCUUCUCUGCAGACACACAGGGAUGUGAUGCGUCCUUAAGGGCAAUCAUGCAUUGUCACGUCCACAUAAAGUGUAAUGAAGUAGCCACCGCAGCAGCUCAUGCUCCUGUAUAUUUAGUUCACAUCCUUUAGUUCAUCAGUCAUAGUCCCAUUGUCACUGGGGAUUAUUGAGGAAUGUAAAAGUGAGAGUCCACAAAGUUGUUUCACUGUAACCGUGUCUCCGUUCUCAUGCUGUGUGGUUUAACAUCUCUGUUUAACAAACCAAAAUGAAGGAUGUUUCUCUGACAGUAUUUGGGAAAUAUAGCUAGAAUAUAUUUUGUGUAUUAACUUUUUUAAAAGUCUACAUUUUGUACUUGUAAUUAUGUAAUUUAAGGACCAGAUUCAAACUUGUAUGUUUCAGGUUACUGUAUACAGUCAGAUUAAUUAAAAGACAUUCUGUACGCAGGGUUGAAUAGGACACAAGACACAGACUUGUACUGUACUGGACUGUCUUAUAAUAUCUGCUCAAUGUACUGCAAGUUUUAUGGAUUGCAAAUUAAACACAGCUUUUCUCACAAAUGAA